AUCUUCUCUUCUUUUCAGUAAAAGUAAAUCACCACUGAUCCAAACACCAUCCGACAGGAUAACGCAUACAUAAUGUCUACUCAACCACCCGCCGAACAACCCUGGCACGCCGCCUUCCCAGCACCCCGCAACACCGCCCGCAGCAUCUCCCGAGAAGAAAUGCUCCAGUGGAUGCGCGAGGGCAAGCAGGCGGGAAAGGACUACGUGCUUGUUGAUCUGCGCCGGAAUGACCACGAAGGAGGAACAAUCAGGGGCUCGCUGAACCUGCCCGCUCAGAGCUUGUAUUAUUCUCUGCCGACGGUGUAUAAUCUUCUCCGGGCGGGAGGGGUGAAGUACAUUAUUUGGUAUUGUGGCUCUUCGGCGGGGAGGGGCACUCGAGCUGCAAAUUGGUUUGCGGAUUACCUUGAGGAUCAGAAGGAUGGUUCGAUUGAGAGCUUGGUGCUGCAGGGUGGGAUUAAGGGGUGGGUUGGUGCUGGAGAGGAGUACAGGGAGUUGAUGGAGGGCUUUGAUGCUCAGGUUUGGCAGAAGAAUGGGAUUGAGUUGAAGUGAGGCAGUCGGGAGUAAGCUUGAGGAUAUGACUGAGAUGUGGGUAUAUAUAUAUAUACAUAGAACGAUACCG